AUGUACACUCUUACUCUGAAUUUUGCCAGACUGCCUCGCAGAUAUCCAUUUACAUUGGCAGUCAAAAUUUCUCUUCGCUUGGGCCUACGUGGGAACCAUACUGACACUACCCAAAUCACACAUAGCGGCCCACUUGUGGGAGUCAAAAUUCUAGAUUUGACACGCGUUCUGGCGGGACCAUUCUGCACCCAAAUCCUCGCAGACUAUGGUGCUGAUGUGAUCAAAGUCGAAAAUCCAAAUGGAGGAGAUGAUACCCGACUCUGGCGCGAAGCUGGAGAAGAAGCUAUAUGGAGACCCGAGGCUUCCAAUACUUCCAUCUAUUUCAAUACCAUCAAUCGGAACAAGCGCUCGAUUGCGGUCAAUCUGAAGACAGAGGGUGGAAGAAAAAUCAUCCUAAGCCUUGUUCGUAAGGUAGACGUGGUAGUGGAGAAUUUCAUUCCCGGAAAAUUGGAGAAGCUCGGCCUUGGCUAUGAUGUUUUGAAAGCUACCAACCCAUCGGUCAUUCUGGCGAGUAUUUCAGGAUAUGGCGCCGAUGGGCCAUAUGCGCAGCGAGCAGGAUACGAUGUGAUCGGAGCAGCUGAAGGCGGCCUACUCCAUAUAACAGGAGAGGCAGAAGGCCCUCCUAUCAAGCCCGGUGUCGGCCUCAUGGACAUGUGUACAGGAUUAUACCUUCAUGGCGCAAUCGUGUCAGCAUUACUCGCACGGGGAAAAACAGGCCUGGGACAAAAGAUUGACACCUCGCUCUUUGAGACGACCAUUUCCAUUCUCUCCAAUGUGGGAAUGUCCUGGAUGAAUCUUGGCAAAGAAGCCCAGCGUUGGGGUACGGGUCAUCCAACUAUCGUUCCAUAUGAGGCCUUCAAAACGAAGGACUCCUUUCUCGUCGUGGGUGCUGUCAAUAGCAGACAGUUUAAGACCCUCUGUAGCUAUCUAGGGAAAGAAGAGCUGGCCAACGAUCCUCGCUUUGUGGACAAUAAAGCCCGUGUUCGGAAUCGUCAAGAGCUUAAGUGCAUAUUGGAUGAUCUCUUCGUCCGGAAGUUGACGGGCGAGUGGGAGACCAUAUUCAAAGGAAGUGGAAUGCCAUAUGGCCCGAUUAACAACAUCGAAAAGGUCUUUUCGCAUCCGCAGACAGUGGCAAGGGGAAUGAUGCAGACAGUCACUCAGGCUGAGGCGAUAUCGGGAAACGUCAAGGUACUCGGAAUGCCUGUGAAAUUUAGCGAGUCGAAACCGACAAUUAGACAAGGGCCACCUUCCCUGGGCCAACAUACCGACGAGGUGCUUCAAGAACUUGGACUGAACCCGAAAGCGAUCCAUGAGCUACGCACCAAUGGGGUGAUUGGAAACAAUCCUACGGUUUGA